AUGAAUCUCAAUCAGUUUAAACCCUCGUGGGAGACAAUCAGACAGACGCCAGCGUUGACUGCUGGGUUGGUGGUGUUCACCUUGUUCUUAUGUGUGGUGAGAAAUACCUUUGGCGUGGAGUUUUCCAGUGUUGUGCUUUACCCGAGGUCACCACUUGAAUUGAACUUGAAUGCACUUUCACUUUACUGCUUGUUCCACGUCAACUACUUCCACUGGCUCGUUAACAUGGUGGCGCUCGUUACUCCGUUGGCGUUGUAUGAAAGGAGACACGGCACGGUUUACACGGGGAUCACCUUGAAUUUGUUGACGGUGGUGGCCGCAUUGCAAUACUGCGUCCUCGGGUUGGUGUUGUACCCAGACACGGGAGUCAUUGGGCUCUCGGGGAUCAUUUUCUCGUUUAUGAGCUACAUGGCGUACCAGGAGCACAAGUACAAGCCCGUCGUGGAGACUUUCCAUGUCGCCGGCCGGGAAUUCAAGCUCUACACCUUGGCGGUCCCCGUGAUUGCCGCGUUUGUUUGCUUGGUGUUGGUCCCUGGAAGCUCCUUCUUUGGCCACUUGGCUGGCAUCUCCACCGGCUAUUUGUUGGGCAUGGGCUACAUUCAAAAAUUGUUCCCGCCUUCGAGCGUGAUCUUGAAGAUUGAGCAAUGGGUUGCCCCGGGCAUCAGUUUGUUGGGACCACUUGUCACCUACCAUAGAGAAGAAGAUGCUACCAACGUCAGAAGUGUCCAAUACACUCCGCUAUUCUCCCAGGACGUGGAGUCGUCUGGUGUUUCUAGAGACGCUCCACCUACUUCGCGGUCCUCCUCCUACGUGAGCGAAACUAGAAUCUUGGGUCAAGCAUAA